UUAAAGGAAAUCAAAAAUCGGUUAAUGGAAUUGGUUUAUAUGACCUGUCUUUGGACGGCUUUACCUCUUCUAGUCAUGUUGUCUUUUCUCGUGUUGAAAAGUUUUUAAACGAACCAGAACUUAAUCGCAAAAAUCCUAUCACAAGUAUUAAUGAUCCUUAUAUCGGAUUUAAAAACGCAACUUUCCGAUGGCCAGAUGGUGAAGAUUCUAUAGAUAAUUCUUCCGUUUCUGUAGACUUAAACACGUCAAAUCCAUCGAAUAAAUUCACUUUGAUAAAUUUGAAUGUAUCUUUCCCUGUCAACGAAUUGUCAAUAAUCUGCGGGCCCACGGGUUGUGGAAAAACAAGCUUAUUGAUGGCAUUAUUAGGAGAAAUGGAAUGUUUAGACGGCCAUGUGUUCUUGCCUAGGACGAAUAUAGAAUCUCCGAAUAAAUUGGGAGGUGCGCCGAGUGGUAUUGCUUACGUUUCUCAAACAGAGGUUUUACGUGUUUGCGCCCUCAAUAAAGAUCUGGAAAUUCUUGAAUUUGGGGAUAAAACAGAAAUCGGUGAAAAGGGAAUAACGCUUAGUGGUGGUCAAAAACAACGAUUAUGUCUUCGUGGUGCUGCUAAAGUUGUAGUUAUGAAAGAUGGUCAAAUAUUAGUUGAAGGGUCCGUAGAAGAAAUUUUAGCUAAAGGACUAUUGGACGGUGUGACUUUUGAAGGUGAAGAGUUAAGGUCCUCUGUUGAGGAUGCUAUGGAUGUGAAAUCUCAGAAAAGCAAUAAAAAUAUUCGUGAAGGCGAUGGACGACUGAUUUCUGAGGAAACAAGAGCUGUCGGUAUGGUUGGAUGGAAAGAUUACAAACUCUAUUUGGUAGUAUCCGGCGGAUUUUGGUAUUGGUUAUCAUUUCUUCUUAUGCUUGUAGUUGCGGAGAUUAUUUCCGUUGGUGCAGAAUGGUGGAUUCAAGUGUGGACCAAUGCUUAUAACGAUGUUUACAAUCAAAUCCAUCAAUUUGCUACGACUAUAUGGAAUAUGGAAACAGUUGACCAGAUCAUGGGCUAUAUUACUUUUGGUUUUCUUAAUUCGUGCAUUUCUAUCACGUCAGUGAUUAUUGUCGUUUCAAUUGUAAUGCCUCAAUUCUUAAUAGCUGGUGUUUUCAUUUCAGCAAUGUUUAUAGUUAUUGGAGCAUAUUAUAUUGCUGUAUCCAGAGAUUUAAAACGUGGUCUAGUUGGACUUUCCACUGCUUUUAUUAUUAUAUUUAAUCUUUCCAAAGGAAUGGAUCCUGGUUUAGCAGGUUUCGCAUUGAUAAUUGCUUUAAAUUUCACCGAACAUUUAAUUUGGGUUAUUCGUUUGUAUGCCAUGCAGGAGUUGAAUAUGAAUUCAAGAGGAGAUAUUCAAGUUAAAAAUCUCGUUAUGCAAUAUGCACCUGAUAACCCCCCGGUAUUAAAAGAUAUUUCAUUCCACGUUCAACCUGCCGAAAAGAUUGGAGUUGUUGCUCAUCUAAUCGAUGAUGCAACUACAGAUUCAGGCACUAGUAAUGAUAGCAAAUUAUCACAGAACGAACAACCACAAAGUCAAAUAACAUGGACUCUCGACGAACCCGUUAGUGAAAAUGGUAACAAUUAUAGUCAAGGUCAACGGCAGCUGAUUGCACUCGCGAGGGCAUUGCUUCGUAAAUCUAAGUUGAUUAUUAUGGACGAAGCAACAGCUAGUGUAGAUUUUGAGACAGACCGUAUGAUUCAAAAAACAAUACGUGAAGAGUUUAGCGACGCAACUCUACUAUGUAUUGCACAUCGUUUAAGAACCAUUGUAGAUUAUGACAAAAUUUUAGUGUUGGAUGCUGGAAGAAUUGUGGAGUUUGAUCAUCCAUAUAUUCUCCUCCAAAAGCCAGACUCAAUGUUUCGUGGAAUGUGUGAUCGAAGUGGUGAUUUGGCAGAAUUGGUCAAAAUUGCUAAGGCAAAAUAUGACAAUGAUUAUGGCAAUAAUUAUGGCA